AAAUGACUGCACAUUAUGUUUAAUCCUGCUCUCUACAUCUGCCUAACCCUUUUUUAUUGUGCUCUGUCUUUACAGUUGUAUUGGUUCACUGUGGAGUUUGGCCUCUGCAAGCAGAACGGAACAGUGAAAGCUUACGGCGCCGGACUCCUGUCAUCUUAUGGAGAGCUUGUUUACGCUCUGUCUAAUGAGCCGGAGUACAAGCCGUUUAACCCGGAGGAGACAGCAGUGCAGCCGUACCAGGACCAAACAUACCAGCCUGUUUACUUUGUGUCUGAAAGCUUUGAGGAUGCAAAGACUAAGAUGAGGAGAUACUCUGCAACCAUCAAGCGCCCCUUUGCAGUUCGCUACGACCCCUUUACCUGCAGCGUGGAGGUUCUGGAUCAGCCCGGCAAGAUCCAAAACGCUCUGAGCCAGAUGAGAGAAGAACUGAAGACCCUUCACAGCGCCUUGGAGACAUUCAGCUCAUCUUAGGACCGGGAACAGAUUUUCUGCAGAGAGAGAAAAGGAUGAACAUUUCAACAUUGUAUAAGAGAUCUACUAAUACGAACACAAAGGCAAUCAAAAUGUAGUCAGGUUUGUGAGGUUCCACAUGGCUAAUUGUUUGCAUGUAUAAUUUAUGUAAAAAGAAAUACAUGUUUAUUUUCAUGAGUCUCAAAACAUUUCAGAGAAAAGUAUUAAGAUACUUUA